GACAAGCAUACGAAGCCCACGUACAAUCUACGGGCAGCCAACGGCUCACCGAUAGCUUCAUACGGUCAGCGCAUGAUGAACCUAGAUUUAAAUCUCCGCAGAGACUUUCACUGGGUUUUCACGGUUGCGUCAGUACCUUUCGCAAUUAUCGGCAUCGAUUUUCUUCGCCAUUUCGGAUUGCUUGUCGACGCGGGUCGCAACAGAAUUUUAGAUGAUCAUACGAAACUAGGGGUUGAUGGUGUCCUUUCAGAUGCCCCGAUAAUCAGCCCUGUAUUUCGGAUCGCAGACGCACCGUCCGACUACUUGAGCCUCCUCUCCGAACACCCGCGACUGGUUCGACCGGCUGCAGAGCUUCCACCAGUCACGACAGAGGUCGCUCACCACAUAGUUACGCGCGGUCAACCAGUUAGCGCACGACCAAGACGGCUUGCUCCAGACAAACUACGGGCAGCACGAGCCGAAUUUGACCACAUGCUUCAACUUGGUAUCGUCAGACCGUCCAACAGCCCAUGGGCGUCGCCUCUGCACAUGGUCCCGAAGAAGGUCAUGGGGGACUGGCGUCCUUGCGGCGACUACCGAUCCUUGAAUACGGUGACCACGCCCGAUCGCUAUCCGAUCCCACACAUAGUGGAUCUCACCGCCAGUCUGGCGGGUAAAAGUAUCUUCAGCAAAAUCGACUUGGUACGCGCAUACAACCAAAUUCCGGUAGCCGAAGCGGACAUCGCUAAAACUGCCGUGACGACUCCAUUUGGUUUGUUCGAGUUUCUGCGCAUGCCAUUUGGCCUAAAGAACGCCGCGCAAACUUUUCAGCGCUUCAUCGACCAAGUUUGUCGCGGUUUAGACUUCGCUUACGCGUAUCUCGACGACAUUUUAAUCGCAAGCUCUUCACGAGAAGAGCACAUACGCCACGUACGAACACUUUUUGAUCGUUUAUCUCAACACGGGGUGACGAUCAACGCAGAAAAGUGUUCGUUUGGUGUCGAUUCAGUCAAUUUCCUAGGCCAUCGUAUCUCUUCUGCAGGCGUCGUGCCACUGCAGGAUAAAAUUCAAGCCAUCAUCGACUACCCCGAGCCUCAUUCUUUCAAACAGCUCAGGCGUUUUGAUGGCCUUGUCAACUUUUACCGACGAUUUAUACCCAACUGCGCCUCGCUGAUGCAACCCCUCACGGACCUUCUCCGAGGGAAACUCAAGAAAUUCGAAUUUCCUGCCGCAGCACGCGCUGCUUUUAAGUCGCUGAAAGAGGCUAUCGCCAACAUAGCUUCUAUAGCGCAUCACGAUCCGGCCGCCCCACUGUCCCUCAGUACUGACGCCUCGGACGUGGCAGUCGGCGCUGUUUUGCAGCAACGAGUAGCCGACACGUGGCAGCCCUUAGCGUUUUUCUCCAAACGCCUACAACCUACCGAAUCUCGCUACAGCACGUUCGGUAGAGAACUACUAGCCGUAUAUCUAGCGAUACGUCACUUUCGACACAUCCUAGAAGGCCGCUCCUUUGUCGUCUUCACCGACCACAAACCCCUGACUUACGUGCUCGGCUCGACUACCGACCGAUACUCUCCUAGAGAGUCGCGCCACCUUGACUAUAUCGCUCAGUUUACGACCGAUAUACGGCAUGUCUCAGGUGUGCACAACGCCGUCGCCGAUGCACUUUCUCGCAUCCAAGCUAUCUCCGCUGACGCCGGCACUGCUAUCGACUUGGCAGCCAUGGCCACAGCACAACUCAACGAUCCUGAGCUUGAUCUACUACGCAGGUCUCCCUCAUUGGAUAUACGACCCGUUCCGCUGACAUCAUCAGACGGAACGAUACUCUGCGAUUUAUCUCUGGGCACGCCGCGCCCAGUCGUCCCACGCGAGUUUCGGCAGACCGUGUUCGACGCGUUGCACGGCUUGUCUCAUCCAGGCGUUCGUGCAUCGGUUAAACUCGUAACCGCACGAUUCGUUUGGCGCAAUGUUAAUCGGGACGUCCGUACUUGGGCAGCUGCUUGCCUUCCGUGUCAACGCGCGAAGGUGCACAAGCACACGAGAAGCCCAUUAGGCACUUUUCCGACGCCAGACGCACGUUUUCAUCACGUGCACGUCGACCUCGUAGGUCCUCUGCCGCCUUCCAAAGGCUCUGUAUAUCUACUGACCUGCAUCGAUCGAUUUACUAGAUGGCCUGAGGCCGUCCCUAUCCCAAAUUGCUCCUCGGAAACGGUAGCGAAAGCUUUUAUGGAGCGCUGGGUAGCUCAAUACGGCUGUCCCGCCAUCGUGACCACCGAUCGAGGGUCACAUUUCUCGUCGACAUUUGCCAUGUUGCUUAAGGAUUUAGGCUGUCGCCACGUCCAGACGACGGCGUAUCAUCCGGCCGCUAACGGCAUGGUGGAGCGUUUUCACCGCCAGUUGAAGGCAGCGCUACGUGCGCACGCAGAUCCUUCAUGGUCUGAAACGCUUCCCCUCGUUCUCCUAGGCUUAAGAAACACGGUUAAAACCGAUUUCGACGCCACACCAGCGCAGCUAGUCUACGGUUGCACGCUGCGGUUGCCCGGACAGCUGGUAGCACCAGCCCCAUGUACUUCCACUUUUGACUACGGAAGUUACACUGAUCGAUUGGCUCACCAGAUGCGUGAGCUACGUCCACCCGCUCCUCGAUCGCAGAAGACACCAGUGUACGUGCCCGAGAAGCUGUCUACGUGUUCACACGUCCUUCUUCGCGCAGACGGUGUUCGACAGCCUCUUCAGUCGCCGUACAUAGGACCCUUCAAGGUGCUGCAUCGUGCGAGUAAGGCGUACACUAUUGACCGCGGUGGUCGACACGAAGUCGUCACCAUCGACCGUCUAAAACCCGCCUUUAUGGAAGAAACUACCUCGCCUACUUCGUCUAGUAGUGCUUCGUGCGACGUCACAACUCACCGUACCAGUUUUCCGCAUGCUAAUGAAGUCCAACCAGACCACGAUCACGGUCUACAAGCUUCAGCCGUCCCGACAUCUCCCGAACCUAGUCCGCCGCCUCCCACGACCAAUCGCCGUGGUCGGGAGGUACGUAAGCCCGUUCGUUUCUCCGACUAUGUACAGUGUAAAUACUUUUAACUUUGUAGAUAUUGUAUAUAUUUGCCCCAUUUUUGGUCGAUUAACGUUUUGAAAACAAACAAAAAUAUCAAAAACCUCCGCAAAACCUUUUUC